UCGCGGCCAGGAGCAAUGGAUAACUUUGACGUUACGACGGAGGACUUCCUGGCGAACGGAUUCUACCAGUUCUACACCGAGUUCAACGAGGAUUCGUUCGACGUGUUUCAACCGGAAGAUCAUCGCCUGUUCGAGGAGUCGUUGGCGAUUGAACCUUCUUCGGAGGUCGUUGAACCCGCGAGCAGUGUUCGCCCAGUCAAGGACGUCGAUCUGGAGGUCAACGUGGAAAACUUCAUACUCGAGUACAGCUGCGUCGAGUUCAGCCAAAUUUGGGAAAGUGACUUCAGGCUACCGGAGCGCACCUUCCUGUGCGACGAGUCGUGCGCUCGGUUCUGCAACCCUCAACCGGCGGAACCCGCUGAGCUCAUCAAACCGGAACCACCCACCGAAGAGCAACCCCAAAGCUUCGUCUGCCCGUUCGACACGUGCCGCAAGGUGUACGCCAAGCCGGUCCACCUGAAGGCCCACCUGCGGCGCCACAUCGGUGACAAACCGUACCACUGCAAGUGGCCCAGCUGCAAGUGGCGAUUCUCGCGGUCCGACGAGCUGGCCCGCCACUUCCGGUCCCACUCGGGGGUGCGCCCGUACGGGUGUGAUUUUUGCCCGAAGAGUUUCUCCCGGUCGGACCACCUGGCCAAGCACAGGAAGGUGCACGAGCGCAAGUUUGCGGCCGGCAAGUGCAAAGGCGUGUGGGUCAACCUGCCCCGGGGGCGGCCCGGACGGAAGCCGAAGAAUGCAGGCGGUGGGGGGAAGGGGUGA